AUGUGUGGAAAAGAAUUUUGUCACAGGAGUAACUUAUCAGACCACAAGAAAACACAUUCUAAGAGCCCAUUGUAUACAUUUGACAUGUGUGGAAAAGAAUUUUGUCACAGGAGUAACUUAUCAGACCACAAGAAAACACAUUCUAAGAGCCCAUUGUAUACAUUUGACAUGUGUGGAAAAGAAUUUUGUCACAGGAGUAACUUAUCAGACCACAAGAAAACACAUUCUAAGUGCUCAUUGUAUAAAUUUGACAUGUGUGGAAAAGAAUUUUGUCACAGGAGUAACUUAUCAGACCACAAGAAAACACAUUCUAAGUGCCCAUUGUAUAAAUUUGACAUGUGUGGAAAAGAAUUUUGUCACAGGAGUAACUUAUCAGACCACAGGAAAACACAUUCUAAGUGCCCAUUGUAUACAUUUGACAUGUGUGGAAAAGAAUUUUGUCACAGGAGUAACUUAUCAGACCACGAGAAAACAUAUUCUAAGUGCCCAUUGUAUACAUUUGACAUGUGUGGAAAAGAAUUUUGUCACAGGAGUAACUUAUCAGACCACAAGAAAACACAUUCUAAGAGCCCAUUGUAUACAUUUGACAUGUGUGGAAAAGAAUUUUGUCACAGGAGUAACUUAUCAGUCCACAAGAAAACAUAUUCUAAGUGCCCAUUGUAUACAUUUGACAUGUGUGGAAAAGAAUUUUGUCACAGGAGUAACUUAUCAGACCACAAGAAAACAUAUUCUAAGUGCCCAUUGUAUACAUUUGACAUGUGUGGAAAAGAAUUUUGUCACAGGAGUAACUUAUCAGACCACAAGAAAACAUAUUCUAAGUGCCCAUUGUAUACAUUUGACAUGUGUGGAAAAGAAUUUUGUCACAGGAGUAACUUAUCAGUCCACAAGAAAACAUAUUCUAAGCGCUCAUUGUAUAAAUUUGACAUGUGUGGAAAAGAAUUUUGUAACAGGAGUAACUUAUCAGUUCACAAGCAAACAUAUUCUAAGAGCCCAUUGUAUAAAUGUGACGUCUGUGGAAAAGCAUUUUGGUCACAGGAGUAA